AUGGAGCUCAUACAAUAUCUGGAGAAAUGUCGAAUGGGUGAUGCGGCUCGCCCUUGGUUAGCCGAGAUACUAGCAUCUUCAGGCCCACCACCACCAUGGAUCACAGCAGGGGACCCGAGGAACCCAAAGAACAAGAGCAAGGGUCAGCCAACUACUACCGAGGGCCAGUCUGAAAAGCCUUCGGUGGUACCUACAGCUUCAGCAGCCAUACCUUCAGUUGACAGGCCGGCCACUUCAGCCGGGCCCUCUAGCAGUACGGCUGCCAGACCUCCACCACCAUCUGCAGGGCCACCAUCAGCUUCACUGCCUUCAUCUUCUUCCUAUCCACUCACAACGUUGAGAGUCUCCCAUACUAUGGAAAAUAUCAACAACUGGAUGCAGACAGAUACUGCAAAGAUGGCUGACUUAUCCAGUGCUGUUGCAGCACAGUCUUCCACCCCAGCACCCCAGACUUCUCCCACAAUGGAGGAGACCUUGAAAAAGAUUCUAGAAAACCAACAGACUAUUAUGGAUACUCUGGUGGCACAUGGGGGAUAA